AUGGCCGGCGCUGCGGAGGCAGAACACGCCGCCAACUACCUCGUCUACGUCAACCCACACCCGCCGGGCGUCGACUGCCAGGCGUACCAGCUCGGCAUCCUCGCCGCCGCCCUCGGAAGUGAGGCGAAGGCGAAGGCGGCGAUCCUGUACAACUACAGGAACGUCAUGAGCGGGUUCUCGGCGAGGCUCACGCCGCCGGAGCUGGAGGCCGUCAAGAAGCAACCUCAGGUGAACUGGGUGCUGCCGAGCGCGACCUUGUCUCUGAUGAGCAGCAAGUUCGACGGCGUCAGCUAA